UGCCAAAGGAAUGAUAGCACAAGAAACCCGCCUUCUUUUGCAAAGCUGUGGGAAACUUUUGCAAUCACCUUAAGAAGGAAAUCCAAGGUUUAAAAAAAUGUUUUGGAGUGCUCCAUUCCUCUGAGUAGGCAGUGCUUUUGCUGUGACGUUGCACUGGCUUCCAGCCUGAGAGCCCUAGGGCGCAGGAAAGAAACAGCCUGACGCAGAAGUGACACACAGAAGAUCAAGAGAUCAGAUCUACAGGAGGGAAACCAUGGACAAGAUAAUCACCACUGGCAAACUUAAGGACAAGCCAUCUUUCCAGGACAGCAGUAGUGCUGUGGCUCCUGCCAAGGUUAUGUGCCAUAACUGUUCAAAGCUAAAGAUAUUUCUUGGAGCUUUAGCUUUUUCCUUUUUUGCAAAAGGAUUUUCUGGAAGCUACAUGAAGAGCAUGUCCAGUCAAAUUGAAAGGAGAUUCGAAAUCUCAUCAUCAAUAUUUGGCAUUAUUGAUGGCAGUUUUGAGUUAGGUAACUUAAUGGUAAUGGUACUGGUGAGCUAUCUUGGUCCAAGAGUUCAUCGACCGAAAGUAAUUGCUGUUGGAUGUCUCAUCAUGUCAUUAGGAGCAUUUUUGUCAGUGAUGCCUCAGUUCCUAAUGGGACGUUACAAUUAUGAAAGGAUAGCAGUUACUGUGGACAACUCAUCUACAAGUGUAUCAGCUUGCUCCCCAGCAUCCUCUGUGGACCAUUCAGUUUCAGAUGCUACAGAAACACCCAGCACAAUGAAAAAUUCAGGAUGUGAAAAAACAUCUAGUUCCUAUCUUUGGCUCUUUGUGUUGAUGGGGAACCUUUUACGUGGAAUUGGGGAAGCACCAGUUAUGCCACUGGGGGUUUCGUACAUUGAUGAUUUUUCUAAAGAAGAAAACUCAGCAUUUUACAUAGGUCUGGUGAGGUCCUCAGGAAUGUUUGGGCCGACUUUGGGUUUCCUGCUUGGAUCUUUCUGUGCCAGCCUCUGGGUAGAUAUUGGUGUUGUGGAUAUCGAUGCUAUUAACAUAAAUCCCAAGGAUACUCGAUGGGUUGGUGCCUGGUGGCUUGGAUUGCUCAUCUGUGGAGCAGUGAACUUCAUUGCUUCCUUACCUUUUUUUUUUCUGCCUUACUCCUUAACAAAAGAAGGAGAGGAUGAGAAUCCAAAGAAGAUCAGUCAUCUGCCUGUUCAAGGAGAUCACUGUAAAACAGACCCCCCAGCUCAGCCAGAGUUAAAGUUCUCUGAGGCAGUAAAAGAUUUCCUACCAACUUUGAAGAAAUUGUUUGGAAAUCCAGUUUUCCUGGUGUAUGUGUUCCUCACCAUUCUGCAGUAUAAUUCUCUUGUUGGAUUGAUAACAUAUGAGACAAAGUUUAUGGAGCAGCAGUUUAAUGUAUCAGUGGCAAAAGCCAUCUUUCUAGUUGGUGUGAUACUUUUACCCAUUACAAUCCUGGGGAUGUUUCUGGGAGGCUAUCUGAUCAAGAAAUUCAAACUUCACGUAACUGGAAUGGCAAAGUUUGCAUGCAUCUCCUUUAUAGUAGCAUAUCUGUUAAACCUCUUGUACUUUAUGUGCAAUUGUGAGGUGCUUCAGCUGGCUGGUCUCACAGUGCCUUACUCUGGGUUUAAACAACUUUCCUCCCCUAAAAACAGUUUCACGGCCAGUUGCAAUGCUGACUGCAGCUGCAAGGUGGAUCAGUGGGAUCCUGUAUGUGGGGACAAUGGCAUCACUUACAUGACAGCCUGCUUUGCGGGAUGUAAAUCGUCAACUGGGAUGGGAAAGAAUAUGGUGUUUCACAAUUGCAGCUGUGUGGAAGGACAAGAGCAUGGACAUGGCAAUGCAUCUGCAGUUUUGGGACAGUGCCAAAGAGAGAGCUGUACCAAAGCAUUUCCCUAUUUUUUAGCAUUACAGACUGCAUGUGCAUUUAUUUUAGCCUUAGGAGGCACUCCUACAUACAUGAUUAUGUUUAGAUCUGUUUCACCAGACCUGAAAUCCUUUGCUGUCGGGAUCGAAACUUUAGGUGGUAGAAUACUAGGUGGACUCCCAGCCCCUAUUUAUUUUGGUGCCUUGAUAGAUGAGACCUGCUUGAAAUGGGGGACAAAAAGCUGUGGUGGAUCUGGGUCUUGCCGAAUAUAUGACACAAAAGCAUUCAGAAAUGUCUAUCUUGGCCUCAUUGCAGGACUGCGGGCAGGGUGCUGUGUCCUAUACAUGGUGCUCUGUGUUUUAAUCAUGAGACGCUUCAAAACAGAUGACAAAGAGAUGACAGAUACUAAAAAUGCAGAAGAAACAAUCAACAAAGAACCAGUUACGGUGAACAAAAAAGAAGCUCUUCCAGGUGCAAAAACCUCAGAAGAAAGUGAAGAAACUUGUAUGUGAAAAGGAAACAAGGCUUUUUCUUAACUGCCUAGUUUUCAAUUUUUCUAAGCACAACAGGGGUCUACCUGACUUCAACAGCUGGGCUACAUUUGGAGGUUCAAAAAAUACCUUUGAAAUGUUGACUUUUAAGUUGUUUCACCCUAUUCUCUUCUUCUCCUUAUCUGAAAAAAAUAGAGGGAAAAGGUUUUCAAAAUUUAGGGAGACUCUUCCAUGCUUGUAUUCCCAGUCCUUUUCUAGUUUGCCUGUAGGACUGAUCAGGUUUUUUCAGUGUCGUCAUUUUGAUUAUAAUUGAAAAAUUAAAAAGAUGAAAUCUACAAUAAGCUUAUUUCCAUUUUUACCAUCUCUAUUCCUAGUCCAAAGUCUCUGGUGGCUUCUAUAGUGUGGUUCCUUGUUACAGACUCGGUCCUACAGUCCUUGCUCAGGUGAGAACCCUAUGGCUGCCAGUGGUCAUAUGAACAAGAACUGCACAGAGACUCUAGGGUUUGGCUUGAACACGUUUACAAUCAAAAUGGAUUGCAAACAGAAGAAAGUAGUGUAUUAAUUUUGCAGCACAUCUCAGUCCUAAGUUUGAGUAAACUUACUGUGAACUGAUGCAAUAAAUUGAUAGGUAUUAAAAUUA